GCACUUAGGUAGGGUCUUGAUUGUACGUCAGCUUCAAAAACAUCCAUACUACACCUCGCGCUCGGUAUGAACUGAAUAAUACUAGGUUAGCUUGGGUGUUUAGGUAUUUUAUGUGGUAACAGAGUGAUAUUAUUCGGAAAUCCUCGACGAUACGUUAGCUGUAGCAAGCUCGAUACACGAGAAACUAAGAUCGGAAACCGCAAGCCUAGCAAGCUACCAACUCCACCGGGACCUUGGGAAGCUACAUACCGUACAUUACAUUGCCUGAUUCAACCCCGUGUCGCAAAACGCGCCUCUCUUUCCAACAAGCUCGCGUCCUUCCGCCGUACUCACGGGUACGAUCGCUUAGCAAUGCCAUACAUGAUUGACACGCGCCGAUAGUAUGAAGGGCGUCCUUCCAGGCAAGCCAGAAGCUAGUCUUCAAGCUGUCUCGACCGGAUACUGGGACGGCAAGCGCAUCAUCGUCUACAUUACUGGCAAUGCCCUCACCAUCCUCUCCGACCCCGCCACUAUCCUGCAGACCAUCUAUGACGAUGACAGUCGCAAUCUCGAGGCCGUCGCCUUUGACGAAUCUUCGGGGAAGAUAGCUGUGUGCACAGACGGAACUGUCAGGAUAUAUCGGCCGCUGGGACAUACACAAGACUCCCUUAAGUGGGCGUUACAAGCUACAUUUGACGUCGAAGAAGGCCCUACACCGGCUUCGCUCUCAUGGGGUAGCUCUGAAGAGCUUCUCGUUGGAAGGUCUUCCCUUUGGCUCUACGACACCGUCUCAACAACCCCUACCUGCCACUGGACACAAAAGUUAGCAAGUCCGACAAAAUCUGCGCUCCUUUCGUACGACUCGUCCUAUAUUGCGUCUGUCGGCUACCACGACCGUCUCGUCAAGAUUUGGCGAAGACUGAACUUCGGCUCCGAAGAGGUCCACUUUGAUUACGGCUACCUACCACACCCCCGAGCCGUUACGAGUAUUCAAUGGCGGAAACCAUUCCAUGUUGACCAGACCAUCGAAAACGUGUUAUAUAGCUUUUGCGCCGACAAUACGCUGCGAGUAUGGACUAGCGUAGAUGGGAUCGGCAGCUACACGCUCCAGCUUUGGGGGAAGCUUGAUCUUCGAGGCGCAAUACCACAGGAUCCGGACAGUCCGCAACAGGAUAUGAGAUGGGCUUUCAUAAUCAGCCAACGAGACCUCGCAAAUGCGGCAGAAAAGGUCGUCCAGGAACAAGGAAAUGGCCAAGAGAAAGAAGACGUGGCGCUUCAGUAUCUGUUAUCUAUAGCUAACAGAGACACGGAGAUAUGUGUCGUUUUUGAUGGUAAUGGAAGCAUGUCGGCGUGGGCCUUGGAAAACAUCAGUAGCAAACCAAGAGGAGCCGAUAAUAUUGACAAUGUCGCACUCGCGAAGUCGAGGGACUUCGAGUUUCUUAGUCACUCUACUACAACCCAACAUGUCGAGAUAUUGAGUUAUUGCAAUAAGUGUUCGGGGCACCUCCACAUUCUAUUCCAUUACUUUGACGGCAAGGUUGAAGUAUUUGAGAGCAAUAUUGCAGACUUGCUCGACCCUACAUCCAGAUCCGGCAGAUUAGCUCACCGGGCUACAUGGUCUGGACAUUCUGGUGCUAUCAAGAAAAUAGUCAGAAACUAUAGCGGAAGUGCUGUAGUGUCGCGGACAGAGAAGGGUGAAACCAUUCUCUGGAACCAUCAACGAAGCAGACUGCUCAGGCACAACAUCAUAUCAGAAAAGCGGCAUAUCCAUAGAAUAUGUCUACUGAGGGGUGGUCGAUUUGUUGUUUUCCUUCACCACGAUACUAUCUCAGUAUGGGAUUGUAGAACCCCUGCCCACAAGCUACUCGGAGAGUGCAAGUAUAACGUCCGAGGCAAACCACUGUGUAUUCUGGUCCUCCCCCGGAGAAAUGCCAAGGACUUUUCCGUGGUUCAUGUAGCAACUAUCACAUCGGAACAACAAGGCAUAGUGUGGGAAAUAGACCUACCCUGGGAUCCUAAAGACUGCAAUGGCGCAAAACAAAAUGGAGCUCAAAACCCAUUACGUGAGUUCUGCACUUUCGACUUAGAUGGCGCUGGGGACCUUGCCUACGUUUUACCGGUCGAUCCGGCGGGCUCGAAACCUGUUAUAUUCGGAUUUCUAGAUGUCUUUGCCCGUGACGUGGCAAUCUCUUACACUCAUAAUGGGCGUGUCGAAUUUUGGACGGCAAGGGUGGACGACAAAAGGAACCGGGUCGAGUGGCUUUCCACAUCAUCCAUGGAAACCGGAGUCACAGAACCUGCCCUAGUUGGUGGCAGCACGAUGAAGAAAGCUGCACUUGUGAAUCAGAAUAGGUCAGCAGUGACAAUUUGGGACAUCAGAGGAGCGCGACUGGAAUAUGAACAAGAUUUUGAAAGUCACAACACGGUCCAGGACCUCGAUUGGACUUCUACACCCGACUUGCAGUCUAUUCUUGCAGUAGGGUUUCCAUACCGCGUCGUGCUGCUUUCACAGAUGCGUUUUGACUAUCUAAAUAAAGGCCCAGCCUGGGCUCCGAUCCGCGAAAUCAGCAUUCGGGAUUUUACGCCACAUCCCAUUGGAGACUCGACGUGGUUGAGUGAUGGUAAUCUUAUAAUAGGCGCCGGUAACCAAUUGUUCUUGUAUGACAGGGAAUUCGGGGAAACGAGCGCUGCUGUUUCAAAUGUACGGCCAACACACCACAACCCCAAAACUCGUGAUUUGUUCGAAGUCGUGCAAAAACUGAACGGACCACUGCCGAUAUUCCACCCGCAAUUCCUCAGCCAGUGCAUUUUGGCAGGGAAACACAAGCUUGUGAAACGGAUUCUCUUGGCUCUUAACCAUACACUGAAAUAUCAUGUCGAGGGUGAUAUAAUCGAUGCUUAUCUUGGCCUGGAUCUAGCCGAGUUUUACUGUGGCGAAUUGUCUGGUGUUGCCAACACCAACGAUUCGUCAUAUAUAACACGACGGACGUCAUUUGAUGACUCUGAUGAAACAUUCACAGAGGAACUGGCAUUAAGCAUAUGCGAAAAACUGCAGAAUAUAGCUCUGCCGCAACUCUCUGGCCAUGAACAAAUCCAACUCGUUGACAUUGUUGAAUGCUCUGGUGUCGUAGAGAAGCAUCGGAGGUCACUUGAUGAGAAUGGAGCGAGAUUUAUGGUGUUCUUCCGACAGCACGCUUUGCGUAAAGGCAGAGUCAAUGAGAUUCACAUGUCUUGGAGAGAAAUCAAUUGGGCAUAUCAUUCCACUAGCCAAGAUAUUCUGAUGGGCUUUGUGUCUCGUAAUUAUCAUGGAACUAUGCUCUGGGAAAACGCACGCGAGAGUGGCAUAUUCAUGUGGUUAACUGAUGCCAAUGCUGUGAAGGCACAAUUCGAGGUCAUCGCCCGCAACGAGUAUACGAAAAGCGAGAUGAAGAACCCUGUCGACUGCAGUCUAUUUUACUUUGCCCUGAAGAAGAAAACCGUCCUUCAGGGUCUCUGGCGCAUGGCGAGCUGGAACAAGGAGCAAGCCAUGACACAGCGACUUUUAGCAAAUAAUUUCGAAGACCCUAAAUGGAAGACGACGGCCUUGAAGAACGCCUAUGCCUUACUUAGCAAACGCCGUUUCGAGUAUGCGGCAGCCUUUUUCCUGUUAGCGGAUCAUUUGCAAGAUGCGGUCAAUGUCUGUCUAAAUCAAAUCAAGGAUCUACAGCUUGCCAUUGCCAUUGCCCGCGUCUAUGAGGGCGACACAGGCGUAGUCCUCAAAAGACUCCUAGAAAAUGAGGUGUUAGCUGUAGCAGCACAGGAAGGAAAUCGAUGGCUUGCCUCAUGGGCCUUCUGGAUGUUGAAGAGGAGAGAUAUGGCAGUCCGCGCCCUCAUAACCCCCGUUUAUACACUUCUGGACACGCCCGCGUCUCCGGACCUCAGGUCGAAACUGUUCCUUACCGACGAUCCGGCAUUAAUCAUCCUGUAUUCGCAACUCCGGCAACAGAGCCUGCAGACCCUCCGCGGAGCCUCCAAGGUCACGCCGCGGACGGAAUGGGAUUUCGUAAUCCAUAAUGCGGGGCUGUACGACCGCAUGGGCUGUGACUUGCUCGGUCUCGACCUCGUCCGCAACUGGGAAUUCCUUCGCCUCCCCGCGCCGUCCCAGAAGGGCAUCGGCGGCGACAUCGUCGAUCCAACUAAGUUGCUUCGUCGCCGUAGCUCGCUCAUCGUCCAGGAUAUCCCGCUUACCCCUGCCGUCCCCGGAGAUAUGAAGACUGGCGGACAUGGCGUCAAGCCGCCGCCGACGGUGUUCCAGGAACCUGAUUCUAAUUCCCUACUUGAUUCAUUCGGGUUCUAAUCUGGAAUUGCGGUAGAAUGGUACUGCCAUCACAGAUGUCUAUGUCUAUCUACGUAGGUGUGCUGUAGUGCUAGAAUUUAGGGAGCCCCUUGCUGUAUUAACAAUAUUAUCAUUAUUCACAUUCUUGGCUGCGGCUUGAGUCCGGGGACGGGGCGCGGUAAAUAGUAUAUAAUUCGGGUAGAGUAGUGUAAGGUGAUGAUAUCACGUCUUCUUGAUAUGGAAGGUAUUCAUUCCAUGGGUGAUAAAAUCCAUGUAGCUAGCGAAAUAUACAAGGCUCGGGAUUCACGCUAGGGCGGUCGAUGGAUGUUGUUUGCCUGUGUAAUUUGUGGGGGCCGACUUCCUAGGAAGUCGGUCGACACUUUACUUUACUUUACUUCCGUUCCGAUGCGGACUGGAGAUUAGGACUCAGCUGUAUUGUUACGACGACUCCAUUACUGCACUGUAUAACCAUAAUAGAUAUGAUUACCU